CAACCCCACAUCCCACCCCUCCUCCGUUUUCCCUUUCACAACACACCUUCGUCUUCACACCGUCUUUCUCCAUCACUUUUCUCAACUCCUCCACAACCCAUCUCACAUCCACCAUGUCUUUCCACACCUCCUGCCAGGACAUCCACAUCGUCCACGAGGAUGGCAGCACCAUGCUGUGCUGCGUUGCCCGCGACAGACACGGCGAAUUCCACCCCCGCAAGAUUCGUCUCGACCAGCACAUUGGUAACACGGAUGGCUGGUUCAUUUGGGGCGGUGAGAACUUCACCGAAUCCGCGAGCGAUGUCCGCCUCGAAAUGACCGAGUACGGCCCCAAGCUCGUCGCCAACCUACUCACCCGCGAUGGUGGCUCCCGGGGUCUUCAGGGCAUCAUGCUGUCCGACAAAAUCGCCAACGAGGAUGGACGCUUGAGAUUCUUGGGUGCCUGAGUCAUCAUUUGAAGUCACUACAUUUUAGCAUAGGGAUAUGGUGUUCUGUUAUUAUGGUUGAAAAUAGUUCGAGCCGAUCGCAUAGCUUGAAAUCAAUGUACCAACUUUUC